AUGAACGCAGCGUGCGUCUCAUACUGCGAUAUGACAUCGAUGGAUUCAUAUUAUAGCACUUCUACUGCGCAGGGUAGGGACCACCAGGCGAACCCGUUCAGGACUUUCCAAAACACUGAAGCCAAAUACAGCCCCACGUUCAUCCCAGGUAAAGGGCAGCCGUACGGAGAGAAGCCCCGGAGUCCUUUCCAGCCGGACUGCCAGUCUUUGGAUGGCGCAGAGGAGGGCGCCUUCAACAAGUCGUACCAGCUCUUCAUGCAGAGAACGACCUGCAAAACUCCGCCUGAGGGGGGCAAGCUGCACCCGGACAGCGGGCUAAACGGGACGCUCCUGCCCUGCUAUGGUGUGAUAAGUGGAGAGCAAGCCAAGUGGAGGAAGAGGGAGCGUUUUGGACAGAUGCAACAGGUCCGGACCCAUUUCACUACUGCUUACGAGCUGCCUCUACUGACUCGACCUGAGAACUACGCACAGAUCCAGAACCCUUCAUGGAUUGGCAGCAGCAGUGGAGCAUCUCCAGUGCCGGGAUGUGUUGUGCCUUGUGACUCCGUUUCUUCUUGCAUGCCGCCACACCCUCAUGGUCCUGGAGGCGUCCCUGACUUCCUGGGAGUGCCCAGUCCAGGCAGCAGCCACAUGGGACAGUCACACAUGGGCAGCCUUUUUGGGGGUCCUGGGAUGGGCGGGGGAAUCAACGGCUAUGAUCUCAAUGUCGAUCCAGACCGUAAGUCGUCCAGCAUAGCUGCGCUGCGCAUGAAGGCGAAGGAACACAGCGCAGCCAUCUCCUGGGCAACAUGAUGUCCCAGCCUAGUUCCACCCUGCCCCCAUAUGGCCC